UAACAUUUUUUUAUACAGACAAAUAUAUUCAUACACACACACACAAGUCCUUGUAUAAGUCUCCUAAUCUUUUUAUUAUUAUUAUUAUUAUUAUUAUCAUUUUAUAAUGGCAUUACCUCGUACACACCAGGCAGCAUUCACACCUCAAGAAGUAGAAUUCCUGUCAGGAAAUGAAAUCCUAACGAUCAUCCCAACCCAACGCAUCAACGAAAUAGAUCUCAUUCAAAAAUCAGUUGGUCCAUUUCGUCCUCCUCUCCAGUCAAAAGUUCCACUCUGGUUGGCAAUCUUGAUGAAGAAACAACACAAAUGUACUAUUGUUUGUCCUGACUGGCUUACUGUCGAAUUCCUUAAAGAUCGCCUGAAAGAAGAAGAAAACGAUGCGGAUUUCAGUAAAUUACCAUUCCAUUAUAUGGAAAUGGCUCAACUGUUAUUGGAAAAUGCACGCGAUGAUGUCCCCAAUUCAGAACAAGUUCGUACCUUGCUUAAAGAUCUUCGAGAAACUAGACAAGCAAAGUCGAGAGUUGGUUUAGCUGAAUUGGAUGAUAAUUGGCUUGGGAUGAACAACCUGUCAUUGAUGGAAAUCAACGAGAUCCGCCCAUUCUUUACGCGUGCUUAUGAUCAGAUCCGUAGACUUAAUCCCGAUGAACCUGAUCGUAAAGCAAGAUCAGCUAACUAAAGUGAACCAUUCUUCUUCACCACUUCUCCACAAC